AUCACAGAUAGGUCUAGGAAAAGGCUGGGAAAUACUUAAGCUUGUUUUGCAGUUGCUUUGAGCUCUUAGGAAAGGAGCAAUUUCUCUCCAACAUCAGCCUGAGGUUUUCUGCCCAUACAAGAGAGCACUUCUCCACUGGCAGCGGCUCAGCUCCUGAUGGAGGAGCACAGCGUUCCCGGCGAGGUGCCGGCAGCCCUGAAGCGCCUGGCCAAGUGCACAGUGCGGGGUUUCUAUGGUGUGGAGUGCUCCCUGGCCCUGGACGUGCUGACCCGCUACCCCUGUGUGAGGGAGGAGGACCUGUUACAGCUGCUCAAGUACGAGCACAGGCAGCUGCGCACGGCCCUCAACGCGCUCAGGGCGGACAAGCUGGUGAAGCUGCGGGUGCGAGCUGAAACGGGGCCCAACGGCAAGAGCACCAGGCACAACUACUACUACAUCAACUACAAGGUGCUGGUGGAUGUGGUAAAAUACAAACUGGAUCAUGUACGCCGCAAAAUAGAAGCAGAAGAGCGGGAUUCAACGACCAGAUCCUCUUUUAAAUGUCCAUCUUGCUCUAGCACGUACACAGACCUUGAAGUCAAUCAGCUCUUUGACGCAUUUACAGAGACUUUUCGCUGCACUUACUGCAACACCGAGGUAGAGGAAGAUGGCUCGGCGUUUCCGAAGCACGACGCUCGAACGUUGCUGGCCAAGUUCAACGAGCAGAUCGAGCCUCUCUUUGUGCUGCUGCGUGAGACCGAAGGGAUUGUGCUGCCCUAUGACUUGCUGGAGCCUCAGCCAACAGAAAUACCAGAAUUAUCAGAAAGCUUUGAUCCAAAGCUGGGCUCAAGUGUGCUGGAAUCCUGCAGCCGCCCUGAAAAAUGGGCACACAGAAGUUCUGCUUUUGGCCUUGCAUACACCCAAAAUUUAACUAUUGAUGUCCAAGACUCAAAGCAAGAGAAGAAAAGAAGAGAAAAAGCAACUCAAAAGCAACCUAUCUGGUUGUCACAGAGCACUGUGGAAGGAGCAGCAACAGCCACCAUCAAUAGUGUUGGAGUAAAUGCUUCUGAAGAAACUGAAGAAAAUGUUGAAGAAACUGUCCCUGAUAAUGAAAUCAUCAAGACUCUUCUGAUCCAUGAAUCCAAGUCAUCAUCUAGCACAGACCAGGCUCCUAUGGUCAAAAGCAAACUGCAUGGAUCACACAGUGAUAGCAGUGAGUUUGAAGAGGAUGCCAAGCACUCAAGAGGAGCAGGAAUGAAACUAGCAGGCAGCAACUUUGAACAAGAGGAGGAACAGGAAACUCUGGAUCCUAUUUUAAUGGUAGCUGGCCAGCCCUACUCAUAUGGCCAAGUUAGUGAAAACCCAGAGCUUGUGUCUCUAAUGACAAAUGAAGAGAGAGACACUUACAUAAAAAUAGGACAGGAAAUGUUCCAGUCUGUCUUUGAGUAACUACUUCUGUAAGAAUAUCGAACCUUGUACAGAAUGGAUGAAGGCUUCUGAUUUAUGUUCUUCAAAGUUUACCACUGAAGGGUUUUGUUUGAACUUGCUCUUAAGCAAGAUGGUAAUCCUGUAGUAGGUAACUACAGUUCAAAUAUUAUCACUGCAGCCACAGCAAGUGUUGUUUGUUGUUGUAAUGCUUAGACUUUGUGGAUGAUGUAAUUAGUUUUGGAGCAUGAAUCAUUUCAGGAUACAUUUGGAUCUGAUUAAAAUAACGUUUGAAAAGUAGUGAUGCAAUCUAUAAUAAGAAAUAAAUUAUUCCACCUCUCUCCCAGAAGUAACAGUUACUUCCGGUAGUGAAAAUGAGUCCAAAUCCAGUAUGAGUUGGUUUCAUUCCAUAUGUGUGUUCCACUGGUUAGGUCACUCACAGUACAACAGUGAAGGGCAGGUGUCACACAGCAACCUCCUUGUAAGGGAAGAGCUGUUACUAAAUUGCAUUAGCCAUAGAUGAGAAGCAACUCUGGCAUUUGAACUUUCAUCCUAAGAAUGAUUUUUCCAAUUUUUUUUACUCAGGGCACUACAGAACUGUCUUGAAUGGUGAACUGUGCAAGGGGCACGGGACAGCAAAAUAUAGCAUUUCACUUUGGUCCAGAUCAGUAAGGGAGCAAGGAAUGUAUCAAGCACAAGACUCUGCUUCUCCCAUCUCACUCCCAUACUCCCCAGUGUUCUUUUUAAGCAAGAAACAAAUUCUGCUUGAAAUGAACUACAAAAGUAGGGCUGGCAUUAGGCAU